AUGGCAGCACACACGAGCGUCCUGCGGCUUUGCUUUAGUGACAUAUUAAAUAUCCAUUUAAAGACGUUCACAGCGGGUCUGAGGAGAUGUUCGGCCCGGUCGUGUGAUUCGACUCGGGAGGAAUUUAGUGCGAAACAUGUGCGUCGGACAUUUGUGGAGUUUUUCAGGGAGGAAUAUGGGCACAGAGAGGUACCGUCCUCACCUGUCAGACCCAGAGGAGACCCGAGCCUGCUGUUCGUCAACGCCGGGAUGAACCAAUUUAAGCCGGUGUUGCUGGGCUGCGCUGACCCGCGCAGCGAGAUGGCAUCUUACCGGCGAGUGGCGAACAGUCAGAAGUGCGUACGAGCCGGAGGAAAGCACAACGACCUGGAGGACGUGGGCAGAGACGUGUAUCAUCACACCUUCUUUGAGAUGCUGGGAAACUGGUCAUUCGGGGAUUACUUUAAGGUGGAGGCUUGCACGAUGGCAUGGCGCUUGUUAACAGAGGUGUACAGGAUUCCAGCUGAGCGGCUCUAUAUGUCGUAUUUUUCCGGUGACGCAGCGAAUGGUCUACCUGCAGAUGAAGAGACGCGACAAAUCUGGCUCAACCUCGGUGUGCACCAGGAUCACGUCCUUCCGUUUGGAAUGAAGGAUAAUUUUUGGGAGAUGGGUGAGACGGGACCUUGCGGCCCGUGCACCGAGAUCCACUACGACCACGUUGGAAACAGGAACGCAUCAGCGCUCGUCAACAUGGACAGUCCAGAUGUGGUGGAGAUCUGGAAUCUGGUGUUCAUGCAGUACAACCGGGAGAGUGACGGAGGUCUGCGUCCCCUACCUCAGUGCAGUGUGGAUACUGGAAUGGGGCUGGAGAGGCUUGUAACAGUGCUACAGGGGAAACGCUCAAACUACGACACGGACCUUUUCACUCCCCUGCUGUCUGCAAUCCAUCAGUAUAGCAAGGCUCCAGCCUACGCAGGCAGGACGGGCGAGGCAGAUACAGGACGGCUGGACAUGGCGUACCGCGUAGUCGCAGAUCACGUUCGCACGCUGUGUGUGUGUAUCGCUGACGGAGUGUAUCCGGGAAUGAGCGGAGCAGAGCUGGUUUUGCGGCGCAUACUUCGCCGCGCUGUCCGCUUUUCUACAGAAGUGCUGCGGGCUCCGGAGGGGACGCUGGCCAGCCUGGUGCCCACUGUAACCCACAUCCUGGGCGACGCUUAUCCAGAGCUGCAUGCAGAACGCGAGAGGAUCAUGGAAAUCAUAAACCUGAACGAGGCGCAGUUUCUCUCGUCUCUGAAGCAGGGCAGGAGAGUGAUCGACAGGACGCUGAGCAAGAUGGAUGAAGACGCUGUCCAAUUUCCAGCCAUGGUGGCCUGGUCACUGCACAGGAACUUGGGUUUCCCCCUGGACCUCAUUGACCUCAUGAUAGAGGAGCGCAACAUGACUGUGGAUAAACCUGGAGUGGAGCAGCUCGCAGCCACACAGGAGAAGUUGCAGAGUCAGACUGAUGGGGGCGCUGCAGAGCAGGGGCUCCACCAGGACCUACAGAGUCUGGCUGAGCUUCAGAGCAGAGGAGUUCCUCACACCGACGACUCUCCAAAAUACAGCUACAGCCUGCAGCAUGACUGCACUUACAGAUUUCCUCCAUGUAAAGCCUCAGUGUUGGCGCUGUACAGCGAUCAUGGCUUGGUGUCUGAAGUGGAAGAGGGUCAGCGCUGUUCGGUGCUGCUUGACCGAACGUGUUUCUAUGCCGAGCAGGGCGGCCAGAUGCACGACCAGGGAUACUUCACCAAAGAUGGACUGCAGGAUGUGCUGUUCCCUGUACAGUGUGUACGUUCGGCCGGUGGCUACGUGGUUCACGAGAUCACUGCAGCUGAGGCUCUGAGAACUGGAGACCAGUUGCAGCUUCAUGUAGAUGAGGCUCAGCGUUUGGCUUGUAUGGUGAAACACACAGCUACCCACAUGCUGAAUUUUGCCCUGCGAGAGCUGCUUGGGCCGGAGGUUGUUCAGCGAGGCUCGCACGUCACCGCCGACCGCCUACGCUUUGACUUCAGUUCCAAUGCCUCUCUGAGUGUAGCACAGCUACAGGUGGUGGAACGGAUGGUUCAGGACAUCAUCCAGCAAAACGACAUGGUUCACACCCAGGAAAUCCCAUUAAUCCAGGCCAGUGAGAUUUCAGGGCUGAGGACUGUUGAUGAGGUUUAUCCUGACCCGGUUCGUGUCGUGUCUGUGGGCGUCCCCAUCUCCGAGCUGCUGAGUGAAAACGCAUGCAAACGCACCUCUGUCGAGCUCUGCUGUGGCACGCAUUUGCUGCGGACAGGAGGAAUCCAGGACCUGGUGAUCGUCUCUGAGCGCCAGAUGGUGAAGGGCAUCAGCCGUGUCGUUGCAGUGACUGGGGAUGCUGCCAAAAAGGCCCGGGAGGCGGGGCAAACUCUGCUGCAGGAGGUAGAGUCUCUGUCGGCUCGCAUCACAGAUGACCACAGCGCCUCACUGCUGACCACACAGAGGCUUUCCAAAGAGGUCGGCCUGCUAACAGAUGCUGUUGAGGGAACCCCUAUCCCACAGUGGCAAAGACGAGAACUACAGACUCGACUGAAAGCUUUACAGAGAAGCACCAACACAAGCAUCAGGAAGCUGGAACUCAAACAGGCAGUGGCUAAGGCGAAGGAGCUGCUGAACAAGCACUCGAGCAAAGCUGUGCUGGUGGAUAUGCUGGACUCGGACUCCAUAUCUGUGGUGAUGAAGACUGUGAACCAGCUGAGUGAGCGAGCUCCACACACCCUGGUCAUGCUCCUCUCUCACGUUCAGCCAUCAGGACGAGUGCUCUGUGCAUGCCAAGUGCCCAAGGAUCAGACAGCCAUCUCUGCGAGCGAAUGGGCUCUGGCCGUUUGCAGCCGCUUGGGCGGGAACGCUGGUGGCUCGGCGACCGUUGCUAAGGGGGUCGGCACGGCGACGGAUACCGCCAACCUACAGGAGAUGCUGCGCUGGGCUGCAGAGUUUGCACACGCCAAACGCUAAUACACACACAACAGAGGUCAUAGCAGGUGCUGAUAAACAAGCAAGCUGCAACCAAGCACGCAUUUUUCUACAGGUUGUAAAUCUCAAACUGUAUUUAUUUAAUCCUGGUUGCUCUGAAAAUGUAAAUAAUGUAAAUGACUGAAAGCGUGACUUGCUUAGUUUCUUUGUUUUAAAAGGUUUGUUCUGUUUUGUCAAAGGUUUGUUC